CACGCCUUGCUAUUGAGCUUUCUCGACUCUAUCUUACGCACACUACUUCGGUGCGCGUCUCACCCGUGGAAUGGAACGUCAGAUCAAACCCAUCUAUGGUCCGUCACGAAUGUAUUGCACACCGUCGCGUUGAACAUUCCCCAGAGGCUUUGGACAUUGGCUCGAACAAGUCUGCAAUAGUAGCAUGUAACAAGCUAUUGAAGAGGCAACCCAACAAUGACCUCGUUAAAGUCCGUUCUUUCCGCGCAUCUCCACCUCUCGCACAGAACUCGUUCACAGGCGCUCAAAGCUCUAGCCUUGGUCCGCUCCCAAAAAGUCGAAGAAUCUCUCAUCCUCUGCGACGAGGUUCUGGCUGCAAAAUCCACGAACGAUGCCGUGUUGACUGCGAUGAUGCACGUGUUGCGAGGGCUGGGACGAAACAAGGACAUCGUCGUGAUGUUCGAGGAAGCAUACAAACAGCAGCCCGGUAGCGAGGACCUCGCAGCUCAGACAUUCUUCGCCAAUGUACGCGUUCAGAACUGGAAAGCUGCUCAGCAGGUCAGCACAUCCAUCCCCGCACGAGAUCAAUGGAUCUUGAAUCCUGCUCAGAUCGCGGCUCGUAUGCACAAGCAGUUCCAGGAAGAUCGCUACGUAUAUUGGAAUGUCGUCGGGGCAUUGCUUCAGGCAAACGACCCCGCCACACCAGCGACCAUGCGAACCAUCCUUUACAAACUGGCCCACCGCCUUGUCACCUCGUCACCAACACCGUCAUAUGUCCACGCCGAACGCUUCCAUCUGCACCUGCUCAUCGUGCGAGAGCUGCAACUGUUCGACGAAGCGCGAACGUUACUCGACAGCGAUGUCGGCAAGACCAUCUGCGCCACCAGUCUCGUGUGCAACGAACUCCGCCGUGACCUGUGGCGUCUCCAGGGUCUCUUAAAGGAAGAAGGCGCGAAAGCCGAGUCGCGAAUAAAGGACAUUGGUGAUCGUAACUGGCUUGAAUUCCUGUCCGUUCUGGAUGCCACUUUCGCGGAGCUUUCUUCCACGACCGACGAUGCCCGAGAGCGAUGCUCAGCGGAGGUGUCCUCAGCUCGGGAACUUUUCUCUGCGAUUGCGGAGAAAGACGGUCGGAAAGAUCGCUCUGGCCUGCUCGCUCUGCUCGAGUUGGAGAAGAGGGCGCGAGCGCAUGGGCUAUCUGAUGAUCCUGAGCGUCUGAUCGAGCUAAUGAAGCGACUCCGAGCACUGGAGGGCACAUCUGGACUCUCUCGCACCGUCCACCGCAAGUAUGAACUCUACCGUCAUUCGCGCACUCACAUGCAGCCCCAGGCCAGUGAACCCUUGCUGCGACGACUGAUCAACCUGCACAAACUGUUGCGGUAUAAUCUGCCCUCGAGCGAGGUGGACGAGGCCACAGAAUCCGGGCGGGCAUCUCUGUACACCCAGCUUUACCUGCAGGCACUGCCGCUCGGUGCCGAUCUCCCGCCGACGGAACUGCAGCCGGCGGACGAUCUCGCCAUCUUGGCUGGCGGGGUCUUUGUCAAUCUCUGGAAACUGAGCAGUGACGACAAGUACCUCUACAGCGCGGCCUCCCUGCUCGAAUUCGCGUUGACGAAGAGCAAGCAGGCAUUCCAGAUGCGCAUCCUGCUGGUCAGGAUCUAUAGGUUAUUAGGGGCCCCGGCCAUGGCGCUGGAGCAUUAUCGUGCCAUGCAGGUCAAACAGGUUCAGCAUGACACGCUUUCGCACUUUUUACUUUCGCGGUCAUCCACCUUUUCCUUGGCGACGACUGGUGACCUGACGCUGCUUACGGAAUGCGUCGAAAUGUCCCAGCUUUAUAUGAGCAACAUGCAAGACACGGGAGAAUAUAUCAUCCGUGCCUUUACGAAUGAAAAGUAUUCACAAAUCCCCGAGUUUAUUAUCUUCGAAGAGAGACUGGAAAGCUCUCUUCAGAGGGACAUCGUGCGAAUCGAACAUUUGCGGAUGCGACUUGGACACGAAGCUAUUACCUCAGAUGUGAUCGACAUGGAGCUCAUCGAGCUCAAGUUCAUCUUCGACCGACUACAUCACGACAAUCGCGAUUUCGACAUCCUCGCAGACUAUCACCCCAAGGGAAAUGCGUCAUUGAACGAACAAACUCUGCUUUUGGGUCGUUCCGAAGGAUUGGGCUGGUUUACGUCAUUCCUCAAGUUGUAUAUCAGGGCUCUUCAGCAGGGGAGCGAUCUUGAUGAGACUGUGGAGGAGAAGCUGCUGAUCGGCGACCGACCAAAACAAACAUCCCCUGACAACAAAAUACCGCUCAAGGAACGAUUAUGCAUCCGAACAGAGGAAGAGUUGGCUGACCUGACCAGAGAUGAGUUGGCGUUUGUCAAAUAUGCUGACGCACUCGCGAACUGGCUUGAGCCUUAUCACGAUUUCGCGCGUCCUCCGCCAUCGGUUGUACUUGCUGAGGCUGCCAAGGUGGCGGAAGCCAAAACCGGGCACCCGCUGAGAGGUGUUGAGAUACCUCCGAAAUCUGCCAAUGGCUCCGCCAAUGGGCUAAAGAAGGAUGAGGAACCGCCUGCCAUUGUGGAGCCACCUCAGGCCGUGGUGGAGUUUUUCGAUGCAAUGAAGGAGCGAUUUGAGCAAGUCAAAGACGAGUCGUCGCCUGUUUUGCCUCUGCACGUGGCAAGCUUGAUGCAAGAGGCUUACCUCCUCUUCAUCAUCGAGACCCUGCGCUUCAAGACUGCUUCGGUUGUCAAAGUGCACAAGCUCGGUCUGCUUGUCCAACACCUCAAACCUCUGCGCACCAAUGCGAUUGCAGUUCUGCGCCAAAUCUCCUCCAGCUUGAUUAAGCGGAGCGAACAGGACGGAACGGCUGACAAACGCAAGAUUUUCGUGGAUGGGUGUGCCUCUCUCCAAGCAGACCAGAUCGACCAUGAUUUUAUACUCAAUGUUGCGAAGAAGGCCACUGAUUCUCGUAAAAAGGUCUUGGAUGGAAUCGGGAAGGGCAUCGCCAAGAUCUGCACGACUUACCCAUAAAACGCUCACGCAUCAAUGUUUUACUACAUGUAGAGAGAGAGAGAUACAUACCACCCACCUCACUGAUACAAAAUGGCAUUUUCAUACGAAUGGGCGACGCGAUACGUCACGCAUCACGUGGGAUACCUCACACCACUUGUCACAUCUUCGUGCCUUUCUUCUUACAACGCCUUGCCUGCACCCUCGACGCACACAUGAGCAACUAUGCAAGCCCGAGUGGAGGAUACGGUGGAGGAGGUUUCAUGAGCCAAGGAAACAAUUCACAGGGGACUCCUGGGGGAGGCCGGAGCGGCUCAACGCAAUCCCUGCGCCCAGUGACCAUCGCCCAGCUUCGCAAGUCGUCCCAAACGCACUCCGAUUCGGAGUGGAUCGUAGAUGGGCAUCCGAUCGGGCAGGUGACUCUCGUGGGUGAGGUGACGGACCACAAGGUGUUCGUCACGAACCACACAUUUGCGCUGGACGACGGGACGGGCACCAUCGAGGCGAAGCUCUGGCUGGACUCGCAGCAGGAAGAAGCCCAGUCAAAAGAGCCCUGGCGCGGGAUUCCCGUUGGCAACAACGAUCCGGUCUACGUUCGCGCGACGGGGACGCUCAAAAGCCACAACAACAAGAAAUACAUCCAUCUUGCGAACAUCUUCGUGAUUCGAGACCACCAUGAGCUGUACUUCCACAUUCUGGAGGUGAUCACCGUCGGCCUCUACCUAGAUAAUGGAUAUCCCGGUUCAAAAAUGGAGUCGGGUGGAGGCCAUGGCUCAACUUCGGAUGGGCAAGGGAACUACGAUGGACGCAGUGCUUAUGCUAUCUCAUCCCGACCGCCACAAGCCCAAAAGCUGUUCUCCUCGCUGGCGGACAGGGUCUCGGACUACAUGACGAACCAGCCACCGAAUCGGGAAGGCUUCCAUAUCGGCGAGAUUGCGCAGGCGUUGGAUGUGGACGCUGCCGAGUUCAGCGCCUGCGUCGAGAGGAUGAUCGAUGACGGGCUGAUGUUCACGACAAUCGACGAAUCGCAUAUCCAACUAGCCAACUAAUUUUUG